AUGGAUUCCGACCCCUCGACCAACAUCUCUCUCUGGCCCAGAUACCAGGCCAGUAUCUUUCUGAGCCCUUGCAGCAAGUGGAUUCCAGAUCCUCAUCAUUGUCGCAAACAGCAUUGCUGGGUCACCGCGACUCUUCCAGGAUAUAUGUCGGCCAACUCCCACACUGACGAAGAGCUAAUGUGCUAUGUCUACCAGAAGAUCAAGUCUGGCCGAGUGAGCAUGGACAGUGAGCCGCAGCAUAGCCGAGGUCUGCGAUGUAUCUCCUUGCCCAUCAGGUAUGACAAGCCUUAUCGACAAGGUGACAGUGUCAUUCUGGAACAGGCUAUAACUGUUGCGGCGUGGUGGGUCGACAGAAUCCGUGCACGUAAAUUGACAGUAGACCAACGGAUGGUCUUUGAUGCCCCAUGGCCAUGUGCAGUAAGUGCUGAUGACUUGUUGGAGGUGCCUGUGUCUUGGAAGAAGCCUUCUUAUACCGGAUGGCUGUGA